AUGUCUCACUUCUAUGCUCGUUAUGUGCCUCCCUCCAAGAGUGUACUGGCGGCGAACGCGUCUUCAAUCCCCGAAAAGUGCAGACGAGAUGAAAGUACGGCAAGUCAUGAGAAGGGAAGAAAGAGAUUGAAGCUGUCAGACAAGCCCGAUCAGGGUGCCAGUACCAUCCCAAAGCUGCCUUCUGGGGGUCCAGACACCCCUGCGAAAGCGAACGUCAAUGAUGUCGGGAAGGGCGUCCUCGACGGAUACCGAGUCACAGAAGCUGCAAGGAACGCAAAUUCUUCGGUCGAUAUAAAAUCUUCUAAGGCUCUUGAGCAUCAAGAUGGGGCCGCCCAGAAGAAUACUGGUGAAUCAAAGAGCCGGAAACGCAACAAGUCGGAACCUGUUCCAAAUGACAUCGACGGGGAAACUAGCGAUGGCACAUAUGAUAAGAGACGCGCGAGUGUUCUGUCGAGAUUCGAGAAAGCUCGGGUCAGAGAGCAGGAUCCCAUUCAAGAAUCUGACGCCACGGCUGAUCAACCGCCGCCUCCUGAGCUGCAUGGUCUGGAACCUAUCCCGCAACCUGAGCCGGCGGAAACAUUUCAAGAGAAGCCCACAUAUUCUGUCCUUCCGUACUGGCAGGAAACUCCCUUAAAUGUUCAGCCAGGAUCUACGUCAACCUUUGAAUCGAUCGGAGUCUCGGGGACCUUGCUGGCUAACUUGAAGAAAAUCGGCCUGGAACGCGCAUUUCCUGUACAAGCGACUGUUCUACCCUUACUCUUCGACGGGCCUGCCAAACAUGACGGCGAUCUCUGUGUGUCUGCCGCGACUGGUUCGGGUAAAACUUUGACGUACAUCUUGCCCAUGAUCGCUGAUUUGAUGAAGCUUGCGGGCACGAAGUUGAGGGCUGUUAUUGUCGUUCCGACUCGAGAGCUUGUCAAACAAGUGCGUGAAUUAUGCGAGAUUUGUGCCUCUGGAACCCAUCUGAAGAUUGCUACGGCCGUCGGCAGCAAGUCUCUCAAAGAUGAGCAAGAGAUGCUCGUUGAAGAGGGCAAGGUUUAUGACCUGGAACGGUAUCAAAAACAGCAGCGAGCCCAGGUCGACUGGUCCCGGUUUUCUUUGAGAAGCCUGGUGCAAAGGGCGAAGUCAGAAGAUCCUCUAAAGUCAGUGGGCUACGUUACUCGGUACAGGUCUAAAGCAGACAUUCUCAUCACCACCCCAGGCCGCCUAGUGGACCAUCUCCAAUCCACAUCUGGCUUCACUUUGGACGAUGUGAGAUGGCUGGCUGUGGACGAGGCUGACCGAUUGCUCAACGAGAGCUAUCAGGAGUGGAUUGAAGUUGUCAUACCGGCCCUGGAGUCGCGAGCUGCGACCAUGGAGAUGGAUGAACUUCUCAGAUUCAUGAAAAUGACUCCCCCUCGACGAAAACUUAUAAAAAUUUUGUUAUCCGCAACCAUGACUCGCGACGUGUCCAAGCUCAACGAGAUGGGACUCUAUAAUCCGAAAUUGGUCUUGUUAGGUAGUAGUGAUGUGAACGAGAGCACGACCGAGCUCGGCGUCAAAGCAUCGCCCGGGACGAUGGUGGAGCAUCGCCAACAGGAGGGCAGAGAUGCCUUCCAUUUACCUCCGUCAUUGGAGGAAACGGCGAUUCCGAUCCCGGAUGGUUCUGAAAAGCCACUGUAUUUGGUGGAAUUACUUCGACAGUAUAUCGGAUUGGCUACUGGGUCACAAUCGGGAGAGACUCUUGGUUCAUCGUCGAUUUGUGACUCCGGCUCCGACUCGGAGCUGUCAACAUCACCGGAAGAUGAUGAUAGCUCCAGUUCAGACGGCUCGUCGAGAUCCGGUAAAAUCCCGAAAGUUCAAGCUGGCUUCCUCGACCAGUCCGUGCGAAGCCGGCAAGCUAACGGGGCACGCCGCGCACUGGUUUUUGUGCGCUCAACCGCCGCGGCGACCCGACUCUCGAGAUUGUUGGUUCUUUUGUCUCCGGCAUUCGCAUCCCAAAUAUCGACACUAACGCGCAGCACCGUGUCAUCAGCCUCGUCUCGUCGUGCGCUCUCGGCCUUCCGCAACUCGAAGAUAUCCAUCUUGAUUGCUACGGACCGGGCGUCACGUGGCUUGGAUGUGCCUGGACUUGAGCAUGUCAUCUCGUAUGACGUUCCGAACAGCGCCUUGACAUAUGUUCAUCGUGUUGGUCGGACCGCGCGAGCCGGCAGAGCGGGUCAUGCAUGGACAAUCAUCGAGCAUAGAGAAGCCGCAUGGUUCUGGCGUGAAAUUGGUGGGAAAGGCAAGAAUGCACCUGGCACUGGGGGCAAUGACUUCUCAGUCCAACGGCAAGCGAAAAUAAAGCGGCUUAAUCUAAGCAUUGAGCGAGAUGCCCUCAAGACGAAAUACGGAAAGGCCCUGCAACAACUCGGAGAGGAAGCCCGAGGCAAGUAA